UGAUAGUUUGUUUCGGGACGCUGCCUUCUGUACUUCAAUUAGCAGACGGGUAGCUAAAGUGUUGGAGAACGCUACAGCGACACCAGUCUUUUUUUUUUAGCCUUUCUAAAAAAUGGCGGCAAUAUAAGUACCGCGGCUUAUAGGUCGGUUGUAACCCGGAAGUACCCUGCUAAAGAGGGGGUGGUGAGACAAUCCGGAAGUGGGAGUAAUGAAGAGGUGCCACUUGGCGGCCAUGGCAGCUGUAGUACUGGCGACUCAGGGUCAGGGCCUGGCUGAGGGAAGUACCAUGGGCAGCACCCGGUGUAGGACAGAGACAGCUUUAUUUCGGCUUUGCUGUUGAAUCCUCGGGGGCCACUGUUGGAGACUUGCGGGACAGCUUGCUCGACUCUAGACUUGAAGGGAGUUUGCUGGGACUGGUGGGCUGGUCCCCUCCCCGGGGCGGACCACCUGCGGGGCCACCCUAGAGAACCAGGUGCCGCCCGAGGAGAAGACCCUUGGGUUUGCCUUUUCCUUGCUGCUACCAGACGCGCUGUCUGGGGCAGUGGGUCAUUGUGCCACCCUCAUUCCGAACAUCGGAGAGAUCUCUUUCGCACACUUUGUCCAUCUGUUACCUGCCGGAAUCCCAGUGACUGCCAUCCAAGCACCCAAGGUUGCACAAAGUUUACUCUGGUGCUAGUACCAGCAAAAAGGAGCUUACCUCUUAGCACGUAAGAGAGAAGGUGCUUCGUGAACACACCGGCUGGUGGCAAAGGUUGAAAGCAGUGGGGAACUUCCCCUGACCUCUUGGAAAACCGCACGUAUAAAGAGCCCAAGCGCCUUUGCAAGCCGCUGGAAUUUUUUUGAAGCCUGGUGGUAGAGGGUGACUACAGGAGGGCAGAAUGGAUGAUUUUCUCUCCAUUAGUCUGCUGUCUUUGGCGAUGUUGGUGGGAUGCUAUGUGGCUGGAAUCAUUCCUUUGGCCGUUAAUUUCUCAGAGGAACGACUGAAGCUGGUGACUGUGUUGGGUGCUGGUCUCCUCUGUGGAACUGCACUGGCGGUUAUCGUGCCUGAAGGGGUGCAUGCACUUUAUGAAGAGGUUUUGGAGGGAAAACACCCCCAAGCCAGUGAAACCAAGCAGAAUGUGAUAUCGUCAGACAAAGUAGCAGAAAUAUCAGUUGUCCAUGAACAUGAGCACAGCCAUAACCACACACAGCUGCAUGCCUACAUAGGCGUGUCCCUUGUACUGGGCUUCGUUUUCAUGUUGUUAGUGGACCAGAUUGGCAGCUCCCAUGUGCAUUCCACUGACGACCCAGAAACAGCAAGGCCUAGCAGUUCCAAAAUCACUACCACACUGGGGCUGGUCGUCCACGCUGCAGCGGAUGGUGUAGCUUUGGGAGCUGCAGCUUCUACUUCACAGACUAGUGUCCAGCUAAUUGUGUUUGUGGCAAUAAUGCUACACAAGGCUCCAGCAGCAUUUGGGCUGGUUUCCUUCCUGAUGCAUGCUGGUCUGGAGCGGAAUCGAAUUAGAAAGCACUUGCUGGUAUUUGCAUUGGCAGCACCAGCCAUGUCCAUGCUGACAUACUUAGGACUAAGUAAGAGCAGUAAAGAAGCCCUUUCAGAGGUCAAUGCCACUGGAGUGGCCAUGCUUUUCUCUGCCGGGACAUUUCUUUAUGUUGCCACUGUCCAUGUCCUCCCUGAGGUGGGCGGAAUGGGGCACAGCCACAAACCUGACACCAAUGGAGGGAGAGGCCUCAGCCGCCUUGAAGUGGCAGCCCUGGUUCUGGGUUGCCUCAUCCCACUCAUCCUAUCAAUAGGACACCAGCAUUAACCAUUCAGAUUCCAGCCUCAGUCCACGGCCAUUGCCAUCCAGGAAGAAGAGCUAGCGUGUGAUGCUCCUCACUUCCUCAGUGUCUUGUCUCACCUUGCCCAUCUCCACCUGUGUUCCUAGAGUCCGAGGGAGUCAGGCGUGGAGAAGUGGAGCGGCGUGUAGCAGGAACAUUGUAAUCAGACAGACUUUGUGUUGUCUUUAAAGGGACUUUGACAUAUUGAGUUGUGAUGUUUCUCUUAACCCUAUUCUCAGGGAAGAUGGAAUUUAGUUUUAAAGAAAAGUGGAGAACUUCAUACAAUGAAAUAGUAAUUAUGAAAAUACAGUGUUCUGUAAUUAAGCUAAAGUUUUUUCCCUCCUUAGUUUAGAGGCUCUACCACUUUACCCAUUGGUUUUUAACAUGGUUAUUAUCACCGUGUAAGACUGGUGCUUUAGCAUCUGUGCCACAUGCCUUGAGAGAAGGCAUGCACUCACCCUCUUAGAUGCUAAAGGUGACGGCAACUGAUUUGAGGUUAGAGUAAGGAAAAUAAGGACCUGUACCCAAACGAGAUACCAGUCGAGAGGAGAUGUCUAGAGUCUUGAACAACUCCUUUGCAUGUGCCUCCCCAGAUAGAGCCUGCCUUUCCUUCCAGUAGAGCAGUGGUGGUGGGGCUGGCCUUUGAAGAGGGGUCUGAUGUCUUACAGCAUUUUCUGAAGUACCCUUUUCAAGGGACCUGUCUGCAGCACAUUCUUCCAGAGGAGCCAGAUGCUGUUCAGGCACAGGCUUUCCUUCAACAACAGUAUGAUCACAGUGAAAUUGAGGGAUGUUAAACUUUCUGGGAAUUUGGAUAGUAACUGACAUCUUUGUAGUAACCUUUUAUAAAGUAACACUAUUACAAAAGUUAUGUUGUCCUUUUCUGCUAAGCCAGUGGCUCUCAACCUUCCUAAUGUUGUGACCCUUUAAUACUAUUCCUCAUGGUGUGGUGACCCCCCCACCUUAAAAUUAUUUUCAUUGCUACUUCAUAACUGUAAUUUUGCUACUGCUGUGAAUUGUAAAGUGGAUAUCUGAUAUGCAGCCCCUGUGGGAGUCACAACCCAUAGCUUGAGAACUGCUGUUCUAAGUAUUUCUGUUAGCCAGCAGUCCUUUUGGCUAAGCCUUGUCUAGAGUGGAGAGUGUUUCUGUGCAGGAGUGUCAGAAGGGAGUAUCUGGCUAGCCUCAAGCUCCUUGCAAUCAUGUCUGCAUCCUCCUCUCCCCGUGCUGGGCUCUGUCCCUCCCCACCCUUGUCCUGCUUCCUGUCCCAGCCGAGCCAGUACCUGUGAGAGAUGAAUGUCCAUCAGGACAGCCACUUCUGAACCAUGGUGAUGCAAACAGCACUGUCCCUAGUCUUCAGUACUUGUGAGAGAUGACUUCCCAUCAGGACAGCUACUUCUGAACCAUGGUGAUACAGACAGCACUGUCCCUGGUCUUCAUUCCUUUCAAUAAGUUACCUUUGUGUCAAAUAGAGCUUUAUUAAGCCCUUUAAAAAGUCACCUCUUCAUGUGUGAUUGACACAUCACUAGUACUCUGAUAAUUUAAGCAGUUGAGACAGCAAAAGUAUUCAACAAAGGUAGUUUUUCCUGUUUGCCAAAAUCUGCCUAAAUCCUGUUUUGUCAGAUAAGUGUAUAAUACUGCAUUAAUUUAUAUUUUCUGUACCAUUUCAAAAACACUUUACAUAAAGAGAGAGCCAAGACUAGUUUCUUUAGAGCAGUGGGUGCAGUCGUUUGUAUUUUUCUAUGACACCUAUGCCAGCAUGCCUAUGGUUUCCUUUAUUUCUCUCCUAAUUGUCACUGGGUCAACAGCUGCGGAAUUAAACUAGCGAGCCCUCUGCUGGCUUCAGUGAGGAACAAAUGUAGCAGAAUGGGUGUGGUUUUGUGUGGAGGCUGGUAGCCAUUGCACCCCAGGUUAAACUGAGAAGGAGCGCAGUGUGGGAGUCAGGGUGACUGACCCCUGAUUAGGCACAAACAGCUGUCUUGGCAAAGGUUGGGUCUCAUCGAGUCCUUCCAAAGUACAGAAGUUGUGAUUCUUUCUAGAAACUUAGUGUGUCAGGUAAACAGCCAAUGUCUGUGUCUCUUUUGGUUUGGGUAAAAGUAACUAACUUCUGUCAUCUUACUACGUGCAGUGGUCAGGGAUUUGUUGAGCCAACCAGAGCCUCUUUCAGCAGCAGUGCCUUGCCAUCUGUCUUAUAAGCUUGGCUGGAAUAUCUUGCUGAGUAGGGCCACAGACUCUGGCAAGGACUGAACCAUCAAACUUCUAAAUUUGUGCGCACCCCCCCCUCCCUGCCCCAGGCCUCAGUAGUAAUGAGCUUUCCAAAGCUAGGGCCUUUCCGAGGCCCUGAGCUGCUGCCUGGGGACUGCUCAUCCCUUCCAUGGUCAGCAGGCUCAAAUAGCCAUACGAAUCUUAAUAGGGCUCAAAUUCAUUUUAGGCAGCAGGAAUCAUGCAGCAGGGCAGACUACUGAGAGAGGUCGCUCAUGUGUUAGGCAGUGCCCUCAGAGAGGCCACCUUGAGAUUCUCUUUCCAACGUGUUUCAGUUGUUUUCCUCCUUAAAACUCCCUUCGGAGGUGUGGAUGCCUUAAUGCAAUAACACAUUUGAACACAUUGGUGAUACUUCAGCUACUGCCAUGAUUACCAGUGAAACUAUGGGCUACCAAAGAAGUAAUUGAUAAAAAGCACGAGCCAUUCUUUGUAGCCAAAGCAAUCUUAAUUGCAAUUGGAGCCCCUUUCUCUGGGAGAGGUAGAUGUACAGACUCUAAACAAGCUCUUAAAAGGUAAAUUUACGUUGAAAAUACUGAUCCACUCCCGUCACUGGCUCCCCCGUGUUGUCAGUCUCCAUGUCAGUGGAGCAGAACAGUGGUGUUCCUGUUUGAUUCUGCUCCCCUGUGUGGACUAUUGCCAGCUUGUGUCUUACAGGCAGACAUUGUGGCCUGGAAUGCCAGCGGUUGGGACAGUACCGCCCACCGAGGCAGUGUGUUCUCCCCCAUUUCACCUUAUUCCCCAGAUUUCUCAAUUAAAGACAGCUGAGCCAGCCUGCUCUGGAAUCUUGGAUCAUUAGAAAAAAGAAAGGGAGGGCCGUUCGGAGGUGUCUUUUCUUGUAGAGAAAAGAGUUUUUUUUUUUUUUUUUUAAAUCAACAGUUUGUCACUGGCUGGUUCUCCUUCUCAAGGGUCAAAACUAGGAGGAAACACCAGCAACAGAGUGUGUUAAGGCCUAAAACUCAUGGUAGUGAAGUUCUGAACAUGGGAACUGUAUGCCAACAGCACAAACCUCAAAAAUGCUCGCCUUUGGGCCAGGGCCCCAGACUGUGGCAGCACAGGAGGACAUCCUCGACAGUCAUUCUACCAGAGUCCUUGCAGCAGUCGAUUUCUGCUGAGUACAGAAUGGGCCUUGUCCCUGAAGAGCCCUGCUGAAGAUACUGUACAACUGCAGCCUUUUUGUACUUGAGACAUCAAAGUUCAGCUCUGGAAGGAGACCUGAAGGUGUGUGGCUGGUGGGGAAGGACUGGCAGACAUGUUGUACUUACUUCUUUAGAUGUGCUCAGUCCAAACACAGCUGCUAAACACAGAGAAUGGUUUCUUCGCUCUUUGUCUGGUUGUGUCUUCCAAUAAGCUGGGAGUCUGAUGGGGUGGUAACACCACAGUUCUCCUGGUUUGGUGGCCUGAAUGGUAAUCUCAAAUGUCCUUUCUCUGGAUCCUUUGUACACAUAAACUCAUUCCAUGGAUGGCUGCCUUAUAAUUUUGUCUCUUUCCACUUUAAUUGUGAAUGGUUUAAAAAUCGCUGUUUUUUGAUUUGUUUUAUGAUAUUAAAUUUUUAUUAGUGCAUACCCUA